CCACAUGAGCUGAAACCAAUGGGGAGGGAGGCCGAGGAGAGAGCCCCUCCCCCGACAUGACGCACGACCCCCGGGCACCGGCUUCACAGCCGAGGCCCCAGUCCCUGCAGUGGCUGUUAACAAAACCCAGACUCCCAGGUCCAGGCCAAUGGAGGCGAUUUAGACUGGAGUGAGACCGCGUCUGUCAAAAGCCCCACUCGGCAGCAGCGGCAGAGUCCAGAGGAGAGCUGGAGCCGCUGGGCUGCCUCCCCGCCCCCGCCGGGAUUUAUUGAGUAUUUGGACUGGACAAUUAAGUGGCCCUGAUGAUGUUACCAAGCCCGGUCACCUCCACCCCUUUCUCAGUCAAAGACAUUUUGAACCUGGAGCAGCAGCAGCAGCAGCAGCACUUCCACAGCGCGCAACUGCAGGCGGACUUAGAGCACCACUUCCACUCGGUGCCUUGCAUGCUAGCCGCCGCCGAUGGGACACAAUUUUCUGACGGAGGGGAGGAGGACGAGGAAGAAGAGGGCGAGAAACUGUCCUAUUUGAACUCUCUAGCCACCGCUGACGGUCACGGGGAUUCGGGGCUCUGUCCCCAGAGCUAUGUCCACACGGUCUUGCGGGACUCGUGCAGCGGGCCUAAGGAACAUGAAGAGGAAUCUGAGGUCGUGAGAGACCGGAGCCAAAAAAGCUGCCAGCUGAAGAAACCUCUGGAGGCGGCCGGAGACUGUAAGGCGGCGGAGGACAGCGAGAGGCCGAAGCCACGCAGCCGCCGGAAGCCCCGCGUCCUCUUCUCGCAAGCCCAGGUCUUUGAGCUGGAACGCAGGUUCAAGCAGCAGCGGUACCUGUCGGCGCCCGAGCGCGAGCACCUCGCCAGCAGCCUGAAGCUCACGUCCACGCAGGUGAAGAUCUGGUUCCAGAAUCGCAGGUACAAGUGCAAGAGACAGCGGCAGGACAAGUCUCUAGAGCUGGGUGCGCACGCGCCCCCGCCGCCGCCGCGCCGCGUGGCGGUGCCGGUGCUGGUGCGGGACGGCAAGCCGUGCGUCACGCCCGGGGCGCAAGCUUAUGGCGCACCCUACAGCGUGAGCGCGGGUGCCUAUUCCUACAACAGCUUCCCCGCCUACGGCUAUGGGAACUCGGCAGCCGCCGCCGCCGCCGCCGCUGCCGCCGCCGCCGCCGCCGCGGCCUACAGCGGUAGCUACGGCUGUGCGUACCCGGCAGGCGGUGGCGGCGGCGGCGGUGGCGGCGGGGCCUCUGCGGCGGCCGCGGCCAUGCAGCCCGCCUGUAGUGCCGCAGGAGCCGGCCCCUUUGUGAACGUGAGCAACCUGGGCGGCUUCGGCGGCGGUGGCGGCGCGCCCCCGUUGCACCAGGGUGCUGCUGGCGGGGCCGCAUGCGCGCAGGGCACCUUGCAGGGCAUCCGGGCCUGGUAGGGUCAAGGCUACGGGCGCCCCACCGCAGCCUGGCGCUGCAGGACUGAAGCGCGAGAAAGGCUGGAUCCAAGGGCCAGGUCCCCUUGUUAAAAAAAUGAAAACAUACAACUCGCUCCCCAGGACCCCGGGGCGCAGCUCACGCGAGGCCUGGGAAAGGGGACUCAGGGGCGAGGAGGAUGUCUGGGACCGGUCGCGGAGACUGUCUCUGAGGCAGAAACGCCGGCUGGGUUCCGGGGAGGACGAUGGCCCUGACCUGGCCCGGAAAGGAGUGCGAGAGGCUGGGACUCUGGCUGCCGCUUGGUUCUCUGAGAGCGAGGAGGCUUCUCUCUCUCUCGGCCUUCCCGCGGCCUCCGCGAAGUGUUGGCGGAGAAUCCAAGGACAAAAAGAGCAUGAAGGAGAGAAAAAUGGGCGUCGUGGCUUGAGAAAUCCCCAGGCCUUACCGACCCUCUGCCCCCUUUGCGGGCCCGGAGCGCUACACCACAGUCGAUUUUCCGUUUCCCAAGCGCCUGCCCUCCACAGCAGAUACCUCGGCCUGGGUCCCCGAAUUGUCAGGGGGCAUAGAACUCUGCGAGAAAAACCAGCGGAGCGAAAUCAAAAGUUGGGGGGGGGGGAGCUGAACAAAUCCGAGACCUGGUGGCCCAUGAGAGGUGUUACCAGGUUCCUUUCUGUUUCGUAUUCUGUAUUCAGCACAUAUAAUAUAUAUAUAUAUAUAUAUAACUAUAUUCACACGCCGUGUACACAACCGCUGCCAUACACUACAGGAGUCAAUA